CGCGGGCGGGCGGGCGAGCGAGCUGGCAGCGCGGGCGUGCGAGACCCCGGGCGCGAGCGAGGCGGGACGGCGCGGCGGAGACGCGGCCGUGCGCGCCAAAGUCUCCCAAGUUUUGCCGGAACAUGGCGGAAGAGUCCGACCGGAGCAGCAGCGCUCCGAGUACGAGUAGCUACAGCCGCUAGCGCCGCGGGGCGAGGUCGUCGCCAUGGCCCGCUGGAUCCCGACCAAGAGGCAGAAGUACGGGGUUGCCAUCUAUAACUAUAAUGCGUCUCAAGAUGUGGAACUCUCCUUGCAGAUCGGCGACACCGUCCACAUCCUGGAGAUGUAUGAGGGCUGGUUCAGAGGAUACGCUCUCCAGAACAAAUCCAAAAAGGGUAUUUUCCCCGAAACAUACAUCCAUUUGAAAGAGGCAACCGUGGAAGAUGGAGGGCAGCAUGAGACGGUGAUUCCUGGGGAGUUGCCACUGGUUCAGGAACUCACGAAUACUCUACGAGAAUGGGCUGUCAUCUGGCGCAAGCUCUAUGUGAACAACAAGGUCACACUAUUCCGCCAACUGCAGCAAAUGACAUACAGUCUGAUCGAGUGGCGCUCCCAGAUCCUGUCUGGGACACUCCCCAAAGAUGAACUAGCAGAGCUGAAGAAGAAAGUCACGGCCAAAAUUGAUCAUGGGAACAGAAUGCUUGGACUCGAUCUGGUUGUGCGUGAUGACAAUGGAAACAUCUUGGAUCCGGAUGACACCAGCACUGUUGCCCUCUUCAAGGCCCAUGAAGUUGCUUCUAAAAGGAUAGAAGAAAAGAUCCAAGAGGAAAAGAGCAUUUUGCAGAACCUGGACUUGAGAGGCCAGGCAAUCUUCAGUACUGUCCACACCUAUGGUCUCUAUGUGAACUUCAAGAACUUUGUCUGUAACAUCGGCGAGGAUGCGGAGCUGUUCAUGGCCUUGUAUGACCCAGACCAGUCCACCUUCAUCAGUGAGAACUACCUAAUUCGCUGGGGUAGUAACGGGAUGCCCAAGGAGAUAGAGAAGCUGAAUAACCUCCAAGCCGUGUUCACUGACCUCAGCAGCACGGACCUCAUCCGGCCACGCAUCAGCCUCGUGUGCCAGAUUGUCCGGGUGGGCCGCAUGGAGCUGAAGGAGGGCAAAAAGCACACCUGUGGGCUCCGGAGACCGUUUGGAGUAGCAGUGAUGGAUAUUACUGAUAUCAUACAUGGGAAGGUGGACGAUGAAGAGAAGCAACAUUUUAUCCCCUUUCAGCAAAUUGCCAUGGAAACCUACAUCCGCCAGAGACAGCUUAUCAUGUCACCCUUGAUAACCUCACAUGUGAUUGGAGAGAACGAGCCACUCACUUCGGUUUUAAAUAAAGUGAUAGCGGCAAAGGAAGUGAAUCACAAAGGACAAGGUCUUUGGGUAUCCUUAAAGUUACUGCCAGGUGACCUCACACAGGUUCAGAAGAACUUUUCACACCUGGUGGACCGAUGCACAGCCAUCGCUCGGAAAAUGGGCUUUCCGGAAAUAAUCCUGCCAGGGGAUGUUCGAAAUGAUAUUUACGUCACCCUGAUCCACGGGGAGUUUGACAAGGGGAAGAAGAAGACACCUAAGAACGUGGAGGUGACCAUGUCUGUGUUUGACGAAGACGGCAGCCUUUUGGAGAAAGCCAUUCAUCCCGGUGCUGGGUACGAAGGCGUCUCAGAGUACAAGUCGGUGGUAUAUUACCAAGUCAAGCAGCCUUGUUGGUAUGAGACUGUCAAGGUCUUCAUUGCCAUAGAGGAGGUCACACGCUGUCACAUCAGAUUCACCUUCCGACACAGGUCAUCUCAAGAAUCCAGAGAUAAAUCAGAGCGAGCUUUUGGGGUGGCCUUUGUGAAACUGAUGAACACGGAUGGCACCACCCUGCAGGACGGGAGGCAUGACCUGGUGGUAUACAAGGGUGAUAACAAGAAAAUGGAAGAUGCUAAAUACUAUCUGACCCUGCCUGGGACCAAAGCAGAGAUGGAAGAGAAAGAACUCCAGGCAUCCAAGAACUCAUCUGUCUUCACACCCAGCAAGGACAGCACGAAGGACAGCUUCCAGAUUGCCACCCUCAUUUGCUCCACAAAGCUCACUCAGAAUGUGGACCUGCUCGGCUUGUUAAACUGGCGCUCCAACUCCCAGAACAUUAAACACAACCUGAAGAAGCUGAUGGAAGUGGAGGGAGGAGAGAUUGUUAAGUUUUUACAGGAUACCCUCGACGCACUUUUUAACAUAAUGAUGGAAAUGUCAGACAACGAAACCUACGACUUCCUUGUGUUUGAUGCGCUGGUCUUCAUCAUCUCGCUGAUAGGGGACAUCAAGUUUCAGCAUUUUAACCCUGUACUUGAGACCUACAUAUACAAGCACUUCAGCGCCACCCUGGCACACGUGAAACUCUCCAAGGUACUGAACUUUUACGUGGCUAAUGCUGAUGACCCUAGCAAGACGGAAUUGCUCUUUGCUGCUUUGAAAGCCUUGAAGUACCUGUUUCGAUUCAUCAUCCAGUCGCGAGUGCUCUACUUGAGAUUUUACGGUCAGAGCGAAGAUGGAGAUGAAUUUAACAACUCAAUCCGCCAGUUGUUUCUUGCUUUCAACACGCUGAUGGACAGACCACUAGAAGAAGCUGUCAAGAUCAAGGGGGCAGCUUUGAAGUAUCUUCCUAGCAUAAUUAAUGACGUCAAACUGGUGUUCGACCCCAUGGAGCUCAGCGUGCUUUUCUGCAAAUUCAUUCAGAGCAUUCCUGACAACCAGCUGGUCCGGCAGAAGCUGAACUGCAUGACCAAGAUAGUGGAGAGCAGCCUUUUCCAGCAGCCAGAGUGCAGGGAGGUUCUGCUGCCGCUGCUGACUGACCAGCUCAGUGGCCAGCUGGACGACCACUCGAGCAAACCCGACCACGAGGCGAGCUCCCAGCUUCUAAGCAACAUCCUAGAGGUCCUGGACAGGAAGGAUGUGGGCCCCACAUCAGCACACGUGCAGCUGAUCAUGGAGAGGCUGCUGAGAAGGAUCAACCGGACCGUGAUUGGGAUGAGCCGGCAGUCCCCCCACAUUGGCAGCUUUGUGGCUUGCAUGAUUGCCAUCUUACGACAGAUGGAGGACAGCCACUACAGCCACUACAUCAGCACCUUCAAAACCAGACAGGACAUCAUUGACUUCCUCAUGGAAACCUUCAUUAUGUUUAAGGAUCUGAUUGGGAAGAAUGUGUAUGCCAAAGAUUGGAUGGUCAUGAACAUGACACAGAGCAGGGUUUUCCUCCGUGCUAUCAAUCAGUUUGCUGAAGUUCUCACCAAGAGCUUCAUGGACCAGGCAAGCUUCGAGCUUCAGCUCUGGAACAAUUACUUCCAUUUGGCUGUAGCUUUUCUCACCCAUGAGUCCCUCCAGCUUGAAACCUUCUCAGAAGCCAAACGCAACAAAAUUGUUAAAAAAUAUGGGGACAUGAGGAAGGAAAUUGGCUUUAGGAUCCGCGACAUGUGGUAUAAUCUCGGGCCUCACAAAAUCAAAUUCAUCCCAUCCAUGGUGGGUCCUAUUCUGGAAGUCACUCUGACCCCUGAAGUGGAGCUCCGGAAAGCCACCAUCCCCAUUUUCUUUGAUAUGAUGCAGUGUGAAUUCAAUUUGAGCGGCAACGGCAACUUCCAUAUGUUUGAGAAUGAGCUGAUCACAAAGCUGGACCAGGAAGUGGAAGGUGGCCGAGGAGAUGAACAAUACAAGGUUCUUUUGGAGAAGCUACUCUUGGAACAUUGCCGGAAACACAAAUACCUCUCGAGCUCCGGGGAGGUCUUUGCUCUCCUGGUCAGCAGCCUCUUGGAGAACUUGCUGGACUACAGAACCAUCAUCAUGCAUGACGAGAGUAAGGAGAACCGCAUGAGCUGUACCGUAAACGUUCUGAAUUUUUAUAAAGAAAAGAAGCGAGAGGACAUAUACAUAAGGUACUUGUACAAGCUUCGAGAUUUGCACAGAGACUGUGAGAACUACACAGAAGCUGCCUACACGCUCCUCUUGCACGCUGAGCUUCUGCAGUGGUCGGACAAGCCCUGCGUGCCCCAUUUGCUCCAGCGGGACAGUUACUAUGUUUAUACCCAGCAGGAACUUAAAGAAAAACUCUAUCAAGAGAUCAUAUCGUAUUUUGACAAAGGCAAAAUGUGGGAGAAAGCCAUUAAACUGAGCAAAGAGUUGGCUGAGACCUACGAGAGCAAAGUAUUUGACUACGAGGGGCUGGGCAGUCUCCUGAAAAAAAGAGCCUCGUUUUAUGAGAACAUCAUUAAGGCCAUGAGGCCGCAGCCUGAAUACUUUGCUGUGGGGUACUAUGGACAGGGCUUCCCGUCCUUCCUGCGGAACAAAAUCUUCAUCUACCGGGGUAAGGAGUAUGAGAGGCGAGAAGACUUCAGCUUGAGGUUACUGACCCAGUUCCCCAACGCUGAGAAGAUGACCAGCACCACACCUCCAGGAGAGGACAUCAAGUCAUCCCCAAAGCAGUACCUGCAGUGCUUCACUGUGAAGCCUGUGAUGAGCUUGCCACCCAGCUACAAGGACAAACCAGUUCCAGAGCAGAUCUUGAACUACUACAGAGCCAACGAAGUGCAGCAGUUCAGAUAUUCCCGGCCAUUCCGGAAAGGAGAAAAGGACCCGGAAAAUGAGUUUGCCACAAUGUGGAUUGAAAGGACCACAUACACAACAGCCUACACCUUCCCCGGGAUCCUCAAGUGGUUCGAAGUCAAACAGAUUUCAACUGAAGAAAUCAGCCCUUUGGAGAAUGCCAUCGAAACCAUGGAGCUGACCAAUGAGAGGGUCAGCAACUGUGUACAGCAACACGCCUGGGACCAGUCCCUCUCUGUGCAUCCUCUCUCCAUGCUGCUCAGUGGCAUCGUGGACCCGGCUGUCAUGGGGGGGUUCUCCAACUAUGAGAAGGCUUUCUUUACAGAGAAGUACUUACAAGAACACCCUGAGGACCAGGAGAAGGUGGAGCUGCUCAAGCGACUGAUCGCCUUACAAAUUCCUCUGCUCACGGAAGGGAUCCGCAUCCAUGGGGAGAAACUGACAGAGCAACUCAAGCCGCUGCAUGACCGGCUGUCGUCGUGCUUCCGUGAGCUGAAGGAGAAAGUAGAGAAGCUCUAUGGGGUUAUAACACUGCCACCCAGCUUGACGGAAAGGAAGCCGAGCCGCACAGGCUCAAUGGUACUGCCUUACAUCCUGUCCUCCACGCUGCGCAGGCUGUCUGUCACCUCUGUGGCCUCCUCAGUGGUCUCCACUUCCUCCAACUCUUCUGACAAUGCACCCUCCCGGCCAGGAUCUGAUGGGUCUAUCCUGGAGCCACUGUUUGAGCGCAGAGCUUCGUCAGGUGCGCGAGUUGAGGAUCUGCCACCCAAAGAAGACGGCGAAAACCGGAUUAACAAGUUCAAGAGAAAAGACUGGAGUCUGAGCAAGUCGCAAGUCAUUGCAGAGAAAGCGCCAGAACCUGAUACGAUGAGCCCAGGUAAGAAAACACAAAGGCCGAAGAGUCUGCAGCUGGUGGACAGUCGGCUGACACCGUUCCACAGUGCCUCACCUCUGCAGCCCGCAGUCUUGAGCCCCCCUCCACUCACUCCCAAAGCCACGAGGACCCUCAGCUCCCCAUCUUUGCAGACAGAUGGGCUGACAGCUUCGGUCCCUCCUCCACCUCCCCCCAAAAGCAAGCCGUAUGAGAGCAGCCAGAGAAACUCAGCUGAGAUUGCACCUCCCCUACCUGUCCGCAGAGACGCCAAAGCCCCACCUCCACCACCUCCAAAGGCUCGAAAGUCAAGCAUCCUCUCUUCUGAGCCAGGCCCUCAGUGAAGAUGUUACUCACCCUGGCUCUGCACCUCUGAGUGCCUUGGACCAAUGCAGCCCGAGAAUGGCCCCCAAAAAGUUGGGUGAGCUACCGUGCAGGGCUCCCAGCCAGCACUGCUGUCUGCAAUGAGAAGAUUCUCCAGCCCAGAACUGUUUUGUCCAUCUGAAGGCCAUGUCACCUCCCCUUUAGCCCAUGGAGCUUCCAGAAAUGGCCAUCCGUAUGCAUGACGUACAAGCAAGUGCUCUCCUUUUUCCGGGAUGGCAUGUUGGCCUCAAACACUGACUUGCUAGAUCUGCGGAGGCCUCCGCCAGCUAUCUUGCCAGUGGAGAGGAGAGUAGCCCCAGCAACUGACUCCUGGGUGGAUUUCUCAGUGUGCUUCUGAACUGCUGUGUUUAAGAUUUCCUUUCUUCUCUCCUGUCUGCAUCCCUAACCUCCUGAAAGAGCCGGAUACCAAGGACUCUCCAGGAGCGGCCAUGGUUCUCUUUCCCUAGUGUCUACUGUCUCCUUUGAGGGAAAGAGCUCCUGUGUGUAGCAGAGGUGGGGCCCCUGGCAGGUGAGGAGGGCUUCUCUGAGAUCCCGUGGACUCACAUCCUGGCACUCUCCUGAUGAAUGGCCCCCACCAGGCAGCAGUGAUGUACCUUGAGUUCCUUCGAAAGUCUUUUUGCAGGCUCUCAUCCUCCUCUUUUCUCUGAGCUCAAACCCUGGGCUCUGAGGGACCUAGGAGCCAUCCAUGGUCCUGCCAGCUACAUUUCCAGAACCUGUUGGCCUGACGAGGUGGUCCCUGCCUGCUACUUGAUUUUACCAUGGAGAACACAGUGCAAUAGUCCCUUUGAUUAUUUAUUCCUCUUGAUCAUAGAAUUAAUCUGAUUGCUUGCUAAUGGUACUAAUGUUCAUAUUCCUUUCCGAAGGAAAAAUUAGGGUGACUUGGAUGCUCAAGUAUUAUGUCCAUAUAAAUGACCACAAGGUGUACAGAU